AUGUUGGUCUGUGGCUCGUCCGGACAAGCUCUUCGCCGUGUUCAGCGCGCCGUUGGAGUAUCUGGAAGUGCUCAAGGCUUCGGCCGAGGCACGACCGGUGGCUCGGGCGGUCGAACCGUCACGCCAAACAACAAUGCCGAGCUGGUCAAUUAUUUGACCUCCAAGGAGACGUUGACCAUUGUCUUGACCAAAACCUUCGACUUCACGGGUACAGAGGGCAGGACAACCGCUACUGGCUGCGCUCCUUGGGGCACCGGAGCUGGGUGCCAGCUCGCUAUCAACGCGAAUAACUGGUGUUCAUCCACUGCUCAGAAGGUACAGGUCAACUAUGACAAUGCUGGUACCAACCCGAUCAAUAUGGGAUCAAACAAGUCUGUUGUUGGCAGCGGCAAGAAUGGUGUCAUCAAAGGAAAGGGAUUGCGCAUGGCAAAUGGCGUGCAGAAUGUCAUCCUGCAAAACUUCAUGAUUACCGGCCUGAACCCCCAAUAUGUCUGGGGAGGCGAUGCCAUCACUUUGGAUGGCACUGACAAGAUUUGGAUCGACCACGUCACUACCUCGCUCAUUGGUCGUCAGCACAUCGUGAGCGGUUACAAUGCCAACACUGGCGUCACCAUCUCAAACUGUGACAUCGACGGCAACACCGAUUGGUCCGCGUCUUGCGAUGGUCACCACUACUGGGCGCUUUACUUCACUGGCAAGAACGACCAGAUCACGCUUCAAAGCAACUAUAUUCGCAACACCUCUGGCCGUUCCCCCAAGAUUGAGAACGGAGCCGUUGUGCACGCAGUGAACAACUACUGGUAUGCGAACUCGGGCCAUGCUCUCGAAGGUGAACAGGGAUUCGCUUUGGUGGAGGGUUCAGUCUUCCAGAACGUUGACGACCCGCAAGACUCGAAGUCAACGCUUUCGAUCUUCGCCUCCACCAGCUCCACGUCCGUCUGCCGCAACACCCUUGGUCGCAAUUGCGAGGCAAACAUCUUCGGCAGCUCGGGUCCGCUCAGCGAGGGCGACACUGCGGUCUUGAGCAAGCUCGCUGGCAAGGGCGCCGCAGGAGCCACUGUCGCCACCAAUGCACAGAAAUCUGUGCCUGCAUCUGCUGGCUAUGGAAAGAUCUGA